CCUUUUGAAUGCUUAGAGUGUGGAAAGAGAUUCAGUCAGAGUGCCCAUCUUCAACUGCAUCGAAGAACUCACACAGAGGAAAAACCUUUUCAAUGCUCAGAGUGUGGAAAGGGAUUCAGUCAGAGUGGCAAUCUUCAGCUGCAUCAGAGAACCCACACAGGGGAAAAGCCUUUUGAAUGCUCAGAGUGUGGAAAGAGAUUCAGUCAGAGUAGCGGUCUUCAACUGCAUCACAGAACUCACACAGGGGAAAAACCUUUUGCAUGCUCAGCGUGUGGAAAGAGAUUCAGUCACAAUAGCAAUUUUCAGCAGCAUCAGAAAACUCACACAGGGGAGAAACCUUUUGAAUGCUCAGAGUGUGGAAAGGGAUUCAGACAAAGUGGCAAUCUUCAGCUGCAUCAGAGAAUCCACACAGGGGAGAAGCCUUUUGAAUGCUCAGAGUGUGGAAAGAGAUUCAGUCGGAGUGGCAGUCUUCAACUGCAUCAGAGAACCCACACAGGGGAGAAGCCUUUUGAAUGCUCAGAGUGUGGAAAGAGAUUCAGUCGGAGUGGCAGUCUUCAACUGCAUCAGAGAACCCACACAGGGGAGAAACCUUUUGAAUGCUUAGAGUGUGGAAAGAGAUUCAGUCAGAGUGCCCAUCUUCAACUGCAUCGAAGAACUCACACAGGGGAGAAACCUUUUCAAUGCUCAGAGUGUGGAAAGGGAUUCAGACAAAGUGGCAAUCUUCAGCUGCAUCAGAGAAUCCACACAGGGGAGAAGCCUUUUGAAUGCUCAGAGUGUGGAAAGAGAUUCAGUCAGAGUGGCAGUCUUCAAAUGGAUCAGAGAACCCAUACAGGGGAGAAACCUUUUGAAUGUUCAGAGUGUGGAAACAGAUUCAGUUGGAGUAGGAGUCUUCAACUGCAUCAGAGAACCCACACAGGGGAGAAACCGUUUGAAUGCUCAGAGUGUGGAAGGAGACGCUGCGGACUCAGGAAAAAGGCUUCCUGCCCUUUCCAUCGAGAGCGGCACCCGGACCCUACAGCGGGACUGGGCUUCAGCCGGGCGGCCUUCAGCCAUGCCCAAUAA